GCAAGCAUGUAAAGCCGAAGGGGCCUACAAGCACAGCUGGUUCAACGAAUGCGGGCGGUGGAACUGAGAGCAUAAAUUCGCAAGGAAUGAACGGCAUGGGAAAUGGAAUGAAUGACAUCAAUAUGAUGGGAGGAAUGGGCAGCAUGGGCGGUAUGGGCGGCAUGGGAGGCAUGGGAGGAAUGGGAGGAAUGGGAGGCAUGGGAUACGGAAUGGACCCAUACGGAAUGGGAUACGGAAUGGGAGGAAUGGGAGGCAUGGGAGGCAUGGGAAAAAUGGCCAAGGCGAUGCUCGGGACGACAUUGGCAACUUCUGUGGGAACAACACUUGCUUCGACCGGUACAAACAUAGCAAACACGGUCUUCGAGCAUCAACGAAGUGCGGCUCUUAACGGCGGGGGUACCACUGAUGGAAUCGGAGGAAGUGCAGCCGAUGUAACUACAGAUGGUGGUGGAAGUGGAGAUACCGUUCCCGAUAGCAAGUCCAGCGAUAACGUCUCUAGUUCGACAUCAGAUAGAGGCGAAUCUGCAGGGAACAGUGGCGAGAAAUCGACAAACGGGACUUCUUCUCCAGCUUCCAAAGCCGCAGCUGCUGCAUAAAACACGACUCAUAAAAGAGAAAGCCUCAGGCCAGAAAACCUCCUGGAGGAACAACGCCACGAAAAGCAUGGAUCGUUUCUCCUUCGGUAUGGAGGUAUCAAAGACGCACAUCUUACUAGUGAUGAUGAUGAAACUUUCUCUUUAUUCGCUAAAAUGUUACUGGGCAAGUGGGUGGGGUCCUCAGCCCAGGGCUCCACUGGCCUUUGGGGCUCACUGGGCUUGGCCGAGCAAAGUCAGCUGGCUUUCCUGAUCCUCUAUUACUGUUGAGUGCCCAUGAAAAUCCCGAGAAACAGCAGUUUUUAU